UUUCAUGCUUAUAAAUAUUACAGGAGGUAGUAUAACCAUCAUCAAGAGUUCAAGACAUAUCAUCUUGCAAAAUUUCAGGUCUCUACAUUCUAGGUACACUAGCUCUCUAUUUCCAUAUAUUAGUAUUUCCUAUUAUCACAUAUCAUGGAGAGGAAAACAUGCAUUGCCAUGGUUCCAGUCGCUGCACUGAGCCAUUUCAUUCCAUUUGCUGAGUUUGCAAGGCGACUGGUUCAACACAACCAUGAAUUACAAGUUACAUUCCUCAUCCCCACACAUGGACCUCUCACCCCUUCCAUGCAAUCCCACCUAAACGCUCUCCCACCAAACAUAGACUUCAGUGUUCUUCCCCAAGUGAACAUUGAAGACCUUCCACAAAACACUACACCUUCAACAAAAAUGAAACUCAUCGUGAAGCGGUCAAUCCCAUUUCUGCAAGAGAAAGUGAGCGCACUAAGUUCGCACUUUCACCUUGCUGCUCUAGUGUGCAGCAUGUUCUCAACCGAUGCACAUGAGGUGGCUAAGCAAUUCAACCUAUUAUCUUACCUUUUCUAUGCCUCAGGGGCUGUGUUUCUCUCAUUUGCUCUCUCUCUUCCCGAUCUUGAUGAGAGCGUGAGCAACUCUGAGUUCUUAUCAGACUCAAUAGAAACUGUGAAUGUUCCUGGAUUUGCCGUGCCUUUCCAUGUCAAAGAACUUGUAGACCAUGUUCUUUGUGAAAGGUCAAGUGAAACCUACAAAUCAUUUUUUGAUGUGUGUCGAAAAAUUUCAUUUGUGGAUGGAGUCAUAGUGAAUACCUUCACAGAUUUGGAAGCAGGGGCCAUAAGGGCUCUUCAAGAGGGAGAAGGUCCUUGUGCUUAUCCUGUUGGACCAAUCAUUAUGACUGAGUCAAGUAGUGAUAUGAACAAGUUAUUGUGUUUGAAAUGGUUGGACAAUCAGGCACCAAGUUCUGUUCUUUAUGUCUCUUUUGGGAGUGGUGGAACACUCUCUCAUGACCAACUCAAUGAGUUGGCAUUUGGAUUAGAAAUGAGUGGCCACAAGUUCUUGUGGGCUGUGAGAGUUCCUAACAAGGAUAGUUGUUCUGCUUAUUUUGAUGCAGAAAAAAAGGAGGAACCACUAGACUAUUUACCAUCUGGUUUUCUGGAUAGAACCAAAGGGCAAGGUUUGGUGGUUCCAUCAUGGGCACCUCAAAUUGAGGUCCUUGGUCAUGCAUCCACAGGUGGUUUCUUGAGUCAUUGUGGUUGGAGCUCAGUUCUAGAGAGUGUGGUUAACGGGGUGCCCAUGAUUGCUUGGCCACUGUUUGCAGAGCAGAGAAUGAAUGCAAAGAUAAUCACGGAUGCUCUAAAAAUAGCAGUGAGGCCAAAGGCUGAUGAUGAAACUGCCUUAGUAAAACGGGAGGAAAUCGCAAAAGCUAUAAAGAGAAUCAUGGAAGGCGAUGAAAGCUUGGAAAUACACAAAAGAGUCAAAGAACUAAGUGAUGGUGCUGCUGCUGCACUGAGUGAACAUGGUUCAUCUACGAACGCGCUCUCUAGUCUAGCACUCAAAUGGCAUAACUUUUGACUGGCAGCUAAAAACUCAGUCCCUUCAUAUUUCCAGCUAGAAACUCUACAUCAGCGCCGCAGAAGACCAUCAACAGAGAAGCUUCUGAUCAAGUCUCCCCCACUACGUGGGGCUUCUUCCUCCUUGUGUGAGGUUCUCUACCUACUUCAGGUGGAUUUUACCUUUCAGUAAGGGUUGUUUUACCCUAAGUAGGGUUUUUGUUUUUACCUCCCAUGUCAUUUUUCUUUCUACCCCGCCACCACCCUUCUCUCCACCAUCUUCUCCAAAAUAUUCACCUCUUUUUCAGCUUUUAUUACCUCUUUUUCCACCUCUCUUCCCUUAAUCUCUCAAUCAAACCCAGGUCUCAAUCUACCUCUCAAUCAAACUAGCUUUUGGGUUGAGUUAGGCCUCUCAAAUUCUAAUAGAUACUAAGCAAUUUGUUCUCUUAUCAUGAUUCUUCUCUAAGUGAGCCUCGUUUAGUGGGAGAUGAACAGAAGCCGACCAAGGAUUUACUUACUCUUGACUAUAUAGACUAUUAUGUCUUGUUUUUUUUAAUUUCAUUUGUACAUUUUCAUUACCUUUGUCUUAUAUAAGAUGUUUUAGUUUGUCUGAA